AUGCUGCAAUCCUUCAGCCUCAGCGAGGCCCGGUGGUCGUUGAUACUGGUCUUACCAGUCGCAGCGUCUAGCUUAAUCCUCGCAUACUUCCUAGGAUACGCCGCGUACCAGCUCUACCUCAACCCCCUCCGCAAAUUCCCCGGCCCAAAACUAUGGUCAAUCUCCUCCGUCCCCUACGUCCGCGAAUUUAUCGCCGGCACCUGCCACCUCAAAAUCCUGAAACUCCAUCAGAGGCACGGCCCCAUUGUGCGGGUAGGCCCCAACCACCUAUCCAUCAACCACCCAGACGGCAUGCAGGAGCUCCGCGGCCACCGCAAGAGCUACACCGGCGAGAACGGAAAGGACCCUGUCAACGCCCUGCCGAACCGCGACAACAUCAUCGGCUCCGAGCGCGGGGAUCACAGCCGCUUCCGCAGGGCGCUGGCGCACGGGUUCUCGGCGCAGUCGAUGCUUGCGCAGCAGCCUAUUAUCAAGGGGUACGUCGACACCCUCUUUGAGAAGUUGCGGGCGGCAUCGCGGGGUGGCGAGGAGACGGUGAAUGUGGAGAAGUGGUUCAAUUUCACCACGUUUGAUGUUAUUGGCGAUUUGGCGUUUGGGGAGCCCUUUGAGUGUCUUGAGGACAGCAAGUAUCACCCCUGGGUGGACCUCAUCUUUAAGAGUAUCAAGAACAUGGCCAUGUUGACGAGUUUCCGGCGUCUGCCGUGGCUGAAGCCGCUUCUCAUGUUGACGCUUCCUAAGGAACUGAUGAAUAAGUAUGCUCAGAACCGGGAACUAUCGAGGGAGAAGGUGCGGAAGAGGUUGGAGCUUGGGAAGAGCCGGCCUGAUUUUAUUGAUGCCAUGAUCAGGAAGUCAGAGUCAGCAGGACAGACCAUGUCGUUCGAGGAGAUGACAUCCAACGCCAUGGUCCUCAUCAUUGCCGGCUCAGAAACGACGGCCACACUGCUGACCGCGGCAACGUACUUCCUCGCCAGCAACCCGCGCGUGUUAGCCAAGCUAAACGAUGAAGUCCGGUCGGCGUUCACGACGGAGGACGAGAUCGACAUGCUCAGCGUGCAGAACCUGCCGUACCUCUUGGCUGUCUUGGACGAGAGCUUGCGAAUGUUCCCGCCGGUGCCUGGUCCCAGCCCGCGGGCGAUUGGCGAAGGGGGCGAUACGAUUCUGGGCGAGUCUAUUCCGCAAGAUACUGUCGUGGAUGUGUGGCACUGGUCACUUUACCAUAACCCCGAUCACUUUGCUUUGCCGGAAGAGUUCAUCCCGGAGCGAUUCUUAGGCGACCCGCGGUUUGCGAAUGAUGCAAAGCAUGCUCUACAGCCGUUUUCCGUCGGUCCUCGUAACUGCAUUGGAAAGAAUCUUGCCUAUGCCGAGAUGAGGUUGAUCCUGGCGAGGCUGAUCUGGAACUUCGACAUACGACCAGCUGCCGAGACCCCGAAAUGGUACACUGAGACCAAAGUGUACAUUCUGUGGGAGAAAGGCGGAUUGGAUGUGUACCUGACACCUCGGGUCUUGGAAGAAUGAAAGUGAGUUGUCCAUAGUGGUCAUGCACCGGGAGGGAAAGCCUGUGUGCAGGGAUGGUGUUGCUCAUUUUGUGCAUCUAUAAAGUUGAGACGUGAGACUGAAGGAAAUGCAAGGGAAAAUGCAGGAAGAACGCCUUCAAUAUGGCCUAGAUAUUUCAAGCACUGCUGGCCACCCACUGGGAUGCGCGAGCCUCACCAACAAAUCAUAUCAAAUGCAUGCUUCCUUCUUCAAACCAAAGCGAACAGUUACUUCUGUAUGCGAGGAAGCCAACCUUGAUGGGAAAUUGUGUGCCCAGAAUAAAAGGGUUGCUGAAGGCGAUUUCCGUAGUUGCUAGAAGCUCCGGAAUUGAGCCGGACUCAUCUCCGCUGCGGCAGGCAGCUCCCUCAUCUG